AGCAGCAUGGACCGACGCCCGGCCAAGUCGAUGUUUGAUGCCGGCAUCUCGUCCAAGUUCUCGCGCCAGUACAUUGGCGCUCUCUACGAAGACACGACGCUCAACGCAGCGACAGCGGCCCGCGUCCGCGCCGAGCGCAAGCUCCAGGCCCAAGAGGACGCGAUCGAGCGCCAGCGGCUCAAGAUCGACCUCGAGAUUCAAAAGAUUCAAGACGCGAAGAAGACCAUCCAGCGGAAAAAGCUUCGCGAGGCCAAACGCGUCGAAGCGCGCUGCCACAAUGCGGCGGCCGUGCUGCAAGCCGCGGCGCGGCGCUUUCUAGAGCGACGGCAUCGACGACAGGCCGUGGCCGCGACAACCAUCGCGAGCGUCUGGCGCAUGCGCCUCUCGAUCGCCGCACGACACGUGCGCGCGACCGCGGCCGCCACGAUCACGCACGCACUUGUGCACCACGUGCGGCAUCGGCGGCGACACCUGGCGGCGCGUUGCCUCCAGACAGCGUGGCGCUGCUACCGCGCCUUGCAAGGCGCGAAGCUCGCGCGGCAGGCGCACUGGCAGCAGCGGCAAGUGGCGGCGACGAAGAUUCAAAGCGUGUACCGCAUGUAUGUCGUCCGUGAGACCUUCUUGGACGUUGUCGACGCUGUCAUUCGGUUCCAAGCGCUCUACCGCGGGUUCGUCGUGCGUCGCCUGCUUCCACCUGCAGAGCCUCAAGUCGACGAGCCUGACACUGUCGUUGCGCCAUCGCCGCGCCCGCUGCCAUCGCCGUGGACCCCAGGAAAGCGCGAGAUACCGACCACAGCUGCCAUACUGGAUUAUGCCGAGCUACCGGGCAGCCCUAUGAACAAAGUCGUGCUUCCGAGCCUGCUCAAGCCAUCGACCGCGCGCCGCGAGGUCCCGGAGGCGCGCGCCAUCGUGCCACCCAAGCAGCUCCGGCAACGCCGCAAGACGAUCGCGGUGACGCUGAGCCCGAUGCCGUACCAGACCGUGCUCAUCCAGCGCGCCGAGUCGGCGACCGCCUCGCCCGAUGAGGACGAACUCAAGCGGAGGAUGGCACAUGCUGCGCUGCGGCGAAAAGUGCUGCAGCAACAAUGCGAAGAAAAACAACGGCAAAUGGAAAAGCGCAUCAAGCAGUCGCAGCUCGAGCGAGAAGCGCUCGAGCGCAGCGUCAUGCAGCGUGAAGAGCGGCGAUGUCGCGUUCUCGCCAAGACCGACGUUCGGCAUCGGGUCGCCGCGGCGCGGCGAGCCGCCGACGCCGACCGCCAGAUCGCCGAGCGAGAGACGGCGGGCAUGGAGAAGGAGGAGCGCCAGAGUCGGCUUGCGUCCAAGUGGCUCUUGCGUGUCAAGACGAUCUCGAACAAGCCGCGCAGCAUGACUUCCAACAACCAAGUCGACGAGCCCAAGGUAGCCGCUCGAAAGCAGCGCCCACCCCAGCAGCCCAAACGCCCCAAACAAAAGACUCUGCGCAAACGCCAGAGUGCCGAGCGAGACGAAUCGGAUGCACUUUGGGCCGACGACGCCUUCGACGACCUUGUCGACGAGACGCAGCUCAAUGGCUUGCUCGUGCUCUGAGCCUCC